UUCUGUAGCCUUCUUGCUAGAUAGGUAGGACGUUGUGUAGUUUCUUCCAUUUUCAAAGCACGUAGGAAUGCCAGCAGUUCCUCUCAGCAGACCUGUGAGCCCCGAAUACACAUGCCAAAAGAUGGAUUCCAACUUUUAUCUUCUGGAUACCAAGCAUGGCUAAAGCAGUGCUCUAUGCCCAGAUCUCUGUGGCUGGGCUGCUCCAGCCUGGCGGACAGCAUGCCCUCGCUGCGAUGCCUGUAUAACCCAGGGACUGGCGCACUCCCAGCUUUCCAGAACUCCUCUGAGAGAGAAGACUGUAAUAAUGAUGAGCCCCCUAGGAAGAUCAUUCCUGAGAAGAAUUCACUUAGACAGACCUACAACAGCUGUGCCAGACUGUGCUUAAACCAGGAAACGGUGUGUCUAGGAAGCACGGCUAUGAAGACUGAAAAUUGUGUGGCCAAAACAAAACUUGCCAAUGGCACUUCCAGUAUGAUUGUGCCCAAGCAAAGAAAACUAUCUGCAAGCUAUGAGAAGGAGAAGGAGCUCUGCGUCAAGUAUUUUGAACAGUGGUCCGAGUCUGACCAGGUGGAGUUCGUGGAGCACCUCAUCUCCCAGAUGUGUCACUACCAGCACGGACAUAUAAACUCAUACCUCAAACCCAUGUUACAGAGGGACUUCAUCACCGCACUGCCAGCUCGGGGAUUGGAUCAUAUUGCUGAGAACAUCCUGUCCUACCUGGAUGCCAAAUCGCUGUGCGCCGCUGAGCUGGUGUGCAAGGAGUGGUACCGUGUGACGUCGGACGGCAUGCUGUGGAAGAAGCUGAUCGAGAGGAUGGUCAGGACAGACUCGCUCUGGAGGGGGUUGUCGGAGAGGAGAGGAUGGGGACAAUACCUAUUUAAAAAUAAACCCCCUGAUGGCUCUGCUCCACCCAACUCCUUCUACAGAGCACUUUACCCCAAAAUUAUACAGGACAUAGAGACAAUAGAGUCAAACUGGCGGUGUGGAAGGCACAGUUUACAGAGAAUCCACUGCCGAAGUGAGACGAGCAAAGGGGUUUAUUGUUUACAGUAUGAUGAUCAGAAGAUAGUAAGUGGCCUACGAGACAAUACUAUCAAGAUCUGGGAUAAGAAUACAUUGGAAUGCAAGCGAAUUCUCACCGGACACACGGGUUCUGUCCUGUGCCUCCAGUACGAUGAGCGGGUGAUCAUCACUGGAUCUUCGGACUCAACUGUCAGGGUGUGGGACGUGAAUGCGGGCGAGAUGCUGAAUACACUGAUUCACCACUGUGAAGCAGUAUUGCACCUCCGCUUCAAUAACGGCAUGAUGGUGACAUGUUCCAAAGACCGAUCCAUUGCUGUGUGGGACAUGGCCUCACCAACAGACAUCACCCUGAGGAGAGUGCUAGUAGGGCACCGAGCUGCUGUCAACGUAGUGGACUUCGAUGACAAAUACAUCGUAUCAGCAUCAGGUGACAGAACUAUCAAGGUAUGGAACACUAGUACCUGCGAAUUUGUGCGCACCUUAAAUGGCCACAAACGAGGCAUUGCAUGUCUGCAGUACAGAGACAGGCUGGUAGUGAGCGGCUCUUCAGAUAAUACUAUCAGGCUAUGGGAUAUCGAGUGUGGGGCAUGUUUACGAGUACUGGAAGGCCACGAAGAGCUGGUGAGAUGCAUACGCUUUGAUAACAAGAGGAUAGUCAGCGGGGCAUACGAUGGGAAAAUUAAGGUAUGGGAUCUUGUGGCUGCUUUGGACCCCCGUGCUCCAGCAGGGACCCUCUGCUUGCGAACCCUUGUGGAGCAUUCUGGGAGAGUCUUUCGACUUCAGUUUGACGAGUUCCAGAUUGUUAGCAGCUCACACGAUGACACCAUCCUCAUCUGGGAUUUUCUGAAUGACCCAGCUGCCCAAGCAGAAUCCACUCGUUCCCCGUCCAGAACGUACACUUACAUCUCAAGAUAAAUAACACUACACUGUACCUCACACUCGCACAGGACUCAUUUAAGCUGCAGUAUUUAAAUUAUCUGCCAAUGCCAGGACAAAAGAACUAUCCACGUAACCAAUACUUGCUGAAGAGAGAAGCUCUCAGACUCGUUUCUGGAACAAAGUUGGCAUGCGGUUGAUCUCAGACAGGGUCUACUCAGCGCGGCUGACUGCUAAAGUGCUGCUAUAUCAGAAGAUGACUUUUAUCUUUCAUGAACAAUUAACAUUUUUAAGCCUUCCCAUCCCUUUCCUCCCUCGUCCCCAUCUUCCUGUUCACUCCUCUCCCCUUUACCCUGUUUGGUUCCCCUCCAAACCCAGUCACAGAUGUCCUGUGAAUAUAUUUAAGAUGUUGCCAGAAUGUGUUGCUUUGCUCUUAAGCAGAAGACUUAUAACCACAGUGCACCCUGCUGGGAGAGUCACUUCAGGGUGGGUGGGGAGGAGGCUGCUACUCUCAGACUGAAAUCAAUAUCCAUUGCUAGGCCUUUGUAAAAGCAUUUGACUCUGAAGAGCAAGAGAAACGUGUAUAACAGCCAGACCAGGGCACCCCCUUCCCUGCGGCUUUUGGCUGUUCUGACUACAGACCUAUUCCUUUGGAGAGAGGACCCUUGAAAUUUGACUAUUAUGAGCUAAAUCCAUCUCUUUCCCCUCCUGCCUGCUCCGCUAACCCUUUGGAAGCUGGAUGUGUAUCGUAGUCUCCUUUAACAUCUGCUUGGCUGGGGAAUGCUAGUCAGUGAAAAGUUAAACACUCUUCUGCCAAAGUCCCAAGCAUGAGGGACUGGGGCCGAGGUCCAGUUCCCUCCAUCCCAGUGAAACGUUGUCUGAGGACAGUACUUCACUAGCAAAGUGGUGGUUUGCAUGAAGGACAGUCUUACCCCUGCUGUUCUCCCUGAAGACAGCUGAUGGCUUAGGAAUCGUUCUGUAAAUAGGACGAGGAGGGGAGCUGGACUCUGCUCCUUUCCUACCAUCCAAGGGUACAGUCUCCUGGUGAUGGCAGGUGGGUAGAUGACGGCCGACUUUAAAGACAGUGAAGUUAGAAGUGGUUCCAGGACAACUCUACAGCAGUUCUGGGGCUGGCCUUACUAGAAUGCUCUAGGAGGGAGAGUCUUUGGUGUGCUUCUCUAACCUAUGUGCAUGCUGCAUUGCGGUGUAGGGACACAGGAUGAUUAGUCCCUUCGCUGAUAGCUGAGCUGGAUCUUUGCUUUCUGGCUGAGGCUUUUGCAAAUUGCUAUUGUUUAGGAGAUAAAAAUAGCCCUGGAGGGUAGGGACAUGAGAAAAAACUCUGCCUAUCUCCAAACUAGACAGAGAGGUCUGGGGAACAUGGCUCUUUCUGGAGAGCUGCAAGGAGUUGCAACAGGCCCGCGUUUGGGUCAGGAAAGUCUGUGUAAAUCAGUCUCUGGCCGUUCCGGGCUGUGCCCACAUCUCCCACUGUAGGUCUUGAAUAACCCCACUGGGUUAUAGCAGGGAGUUGCUCCAGUCCUGCAGUGGGAAGUCAGGGCACUUUGUCUCCGGGCUAGGGGAGUUUCAAACAGGCUUUGUAACACCCUCUAAACUUGGAACUUGGCAGAUGGAAAAUUAUAUUCAGCUAUUCUCAUCAUCUUCACUGCUAUGGAAGCAGUUGCAUUGUUUCUAAUUGCUUGGGAUGCACUUUUCCCACCAAUGAAAUUUUGCAAGGAGCUGGGCCCAGGGUCCCCAAAGGGCAGUUCAGAGGGCUUAAAUCAUUUCGGUGACAGCCAAGAUGGAUGAGAAAGCAGUGGAGGUAUGGAGGAAUGGAAAGCAGGUGCGUAGGGUGUACCUGGCACAGUUCCUGCAGCGCAUGAGCAGCAGCGUUAAGCACCCAGCUCCCUGGGUUUUCUUUGAGCCUAGAGACUACAUCAGUUCAAAAGAGCAUCUCAGAGCGUGUGGUGACACUCCUGUUUGAACUAUUACUGUAAAAAGGGUCAAACAGGUUAACUCUGCUCUGUUCAGGUAACGUUGACAGCAUGACUUAUCUCUGCAGAGUCCUAAAUGUUCUGAGUGACAAUAAUAAGUUCAUCUACAACUAAUUUUGACACUACUUCUGAGCCUAGGAAGGCCAGUUUAGAUUUCAGGCAGUUAUACAUAUCAGACAUACCGCAGUCCCAAAGCAAAACUGGCAGGGGAGCAGGGAGAAUCAAAGUGCACAUCCCAGACAUCUCUCAGUUGAAGUUCUGCAUCUUGUUCGUAACGUUAUUUGAACGCUGUUCCUCUAAGUUCAGUUAUGACGUGGUCUGCAGCAUGGUUGCAUAUCAGUAGGGGAUAAACCUUGGCUUCAGAUUUAAUAGUUACUUUCCUCACUUUGUCUGGUCAUCCUCUGUCCUUUCCAUUUAGGUGAUUGUAGAAAACACCAAUCUGUUACUCCAGCCUCUGAAGGCUGCAGACUUGCUAAUAUUUUAACUGCGUCUUUGUGGGUACCGCCUGCAAGGAUGCAUUUUAUUUUAUUAGUUGCAAGAAUUUGGGAGAACCGAAAGACCGGCUGGCCAAACAGGGACACCACCACUGCAGAUUGUCCAUGGUUGUCAUAGCCCUGCUGCUCCGUGCUGCUGUUCUGUAACUUCUGAGCACUGUUGGGUAUUCGAAUGGUAGUUAACCAUAGUUUGAACUCUGCUGUAUAGAGCUGUUCAAGGUACAGUUUGUGAGCAACAGCUGAAAUCUGGUUUUGGCAAACAAUAAGAACAGUGUCUCACCGUCCAGAAGGGACUGUGAGGGUACUUGGUACAAACCUGCAGAAGGGCAAGGCUUCCUACCCCGCUCCCGAGUUGUACAGAUUAGCUGGUAGCCAAGAAGGAACUGAAGUUAACUGAUUAACUUGAACUUGAAACUGCCACAGCCUGACAUUUGGUGGUGUUCAUUGUACCCCCAGGGAGGAGCAAUCUGGUAAGUAGAUCUCUCAGUGUCAGAAGAGAGUGGCUUUUUCAAAUUCCCCCCUUAGGAUACAUGUGUGCGUGUGUGUGUGUGUGUGUGUGUGUAAGAGUGCAUGUGAGAGAGGUUUCAGCAUGAACCAACUGGGUAAUCCCUCAGCUGGGUUGAAGCAAUCGCAGAGUUUAUAAUGAAAAGAGCUGGAACGUGCUUGCAGAAAGGAGAUAAAAAGGGGCUAGAAGUGUCUGUGGGCUCUAAGUGUUUGCACAUUGCUUUGAAAUGAAAUGAAAUACCUCUGCUGAGUAGAGAUCGUCACUUCUCCCACGAGUAGGAAGCUCACGCUAGCCUUCCACCUCGAACUACGGGAUCCAAAGUCCUGGAGGUGUGGGACAUCAGAGCAGGACAAUCCGCUGCGGCCACACCACCUCCUGCUUGUGACUCCUUUGGCAAUAGGGCACAGUUUCGCUGCAAAUAUUUCUCAUCCUCAGAGGAAUACAUCUUGCUUUAAAAUAUGCAAAUAGAGAACGGCAUGAAGGAAUUUGCAGUGAGAGAACUUGUGCGGCUGUCUCCUGGGAGCAGCUCCCUCUGCUCCUCAUCAACCUUCAGGGACAGACACAUCGCUGCUGGAACGGAAGGAUUCAGGUGACCAGUCGAGAAGUCCAUGAUCAUCAGAAACGCUGAAAUGCUUUACACUUGUUUCUAAACUGGAAGCUGACUUGGACCACCAUGCUCUACCUACCUGCCUCCUGCUCCAAAGGAUCCUUUCUUCUUUUUCCUAUUUUUUUUUUUAUUUUUUGGAACAACACUGAAAAAGCUGGAGAGUACCAUGGUAUCAUGUGCAUUUCUCUGCUCCCAGGUAUGUGUUUCCUGCCCCUGCCACGUGCUCCUUUCCCAGUGUGAGCAGAGCUUCAGGCUUGGCUCUGAGGUUUUUGGCAUCCCGGCUCUGAUGGGAAGCACAUCUCCAGCUUGGGCUCCUUGCCUAGCUCUGACGGCACCUUCCUUCAGCACCAUUUUAGAUCUGACUUUCCUGGCUGAUGAUUCCCAAACUGGCAUAUUUGUGGUUGAUGCGCAGUACUAGCAGCUUUUCCUGGUUAGGGAAGCUGACGAGAAGUGCCGCCAGCCUUCCUACUGCAGGCUUGCUCUUGUGGGAGGAGAAGGAGACAACCCACGUGGUUGAAAGCUAGGAAGGAAGUGUGGGGAUGGAGAUGGACCUCUACGGGAGUGGGGACAAUGCUGAAAAUAGAUUUCUUAGCUUGUGUACAAGGCUCACAAGAACAAAGGGAUUCUAUAAGAACAUCAGAAAUGUCAGGAGGUAAUCAGGUAUUGCCUCCAGCUGCUGAACUGGCCAGCUGAUGCCCCCUUUUGGGUUGCACUGGGGGCAUGGACUGGAAGGGUUGGUCUAAGCUGCAGUGGCCAAGCGAAGAAGGAACAUUGCCGGGGUCUCCAAGUGGCAUGCAUGAUGCAUCUGACAUGCUGAGCCUUGCCCUUCUGUUGUCCCCCCCAGAAGCAAUAAGCAACAGCUUCCCAGAAGGAAGGGGGAACAGCAAGAGCCCCGGCUGUACCCAGAGGAGGUCUCCAUAUGAAAUCCCUCCUUCCUCCUGCCAGCAAAGCCCUACUGCUCUGCUUGGCAUGAGGGGCCACGGUCUUUGUCCCCACUUCCAAUACCGGCACUCACAGAAGCAACAGGUCCCUUGGGUGCAUGCCUUCUGUGCAACCCCAGCAGUGGGCCCAGGGGAGCGGUUGCCUGCUGAGGCUCAGAUUUAGCUUCCUCUCCUUUUCCCUUCCCCCUCUUUAUUUUUUAUUUUUAUUUUUUUUUAAUUUUUUAUGAGCUAUAGACUAACUCCUGGCACGUUCCCAAAGCUUCUCUCCCGUGGUGAGCCUUGAUACCGGGCCAGAAUAAAUCGUCCUUUGUCUUGUCAGAAAAUUCUUCCCAUGACUUUGGGCUUGCUCUCAAAAGCCAUUGGGUUUCCCUGUUUGUCCCCGAUAUCCCCCAGGAGUUGUCACCACCAGUUAAUCCUCAGUGAUGUUAAACAGAUACUCUGAAAAUUAGAGGGAUGCUGAUGUACGUAGAUAUAUGAGCCUUUAAUAUAUUUUAACUGACUCCUAGAUAGGUCCCGUUAUUAAUAACCUAUUGCCCUAAAUGGUAUCCCGAUUCCUGCCCAAGCAGGAAACGAGAGCAGCCAUGGCCAGAAAAUCAGCCUGAAACACCAGUCUUCAUCACAGGGCACCUUCAGCUCCAUACCUGUAGCCGAAAUAAAUUGUCUUGCCUUUACAGACAGUGUUUUAAGCUCUGCGUGCAGGAGGAAGGCUGGCCAGCCUGUCCCAGGCUGUUUGCUGGGACUAACAAGGAGCUAACUGUGAGAAUUUGGGGGAAAUUCAGUGUAAGGAUCUGGAGCUGUUUAGGGAGCAUAAAUGUGCUUUCAGCUGCUUUGUCUUUACCAUGUGAGGCGUUGCAGGUCUCAGCCAGCCUACCCACAGUUUUAGCAUGGCAGAAAAUAAUUUGGAGCUGAGCAAAAAGGAGCAGGGCUGGUUUCUCCAGCCAUUUACCGUCGGUACCUUCCUGAGAGCCUGCCAGGCCAGCCUGUGCUGCAUCACUGCCUGCUCAGACUGAGAUGGGAGCGGGAGUGGGAGAGGUGAGAAAGAACAUGGUUUCUCCAGAGUUUUUGGGUUGUUACCCUGCUAUAUUUGUUAUCUGGAUUCUUAAGUAAUGAGUGCUUUGAAUUUCGUGAUUAUGUUACGGUGAUGUGUAGUUAAUGUACUAAUGUUCACUUGAGCUAGGGUCAUGGUAACAGUGUGUUUUGUUUCGUUUUCCUUUUUUUUUUUUUUAACUGUUCAGAAAAUAACUUAAAUACAAAGGUUAAGCUGUGAAUCUCUCCUGUUUUCCUUUCGCUGGGAAGGACACCGUCACAGUAUCAGGCCUGUGUCUUUGAGCCUCCUGUGUACGCGGAUCGCACUUCUGGUACAGGGCACCAGAAAAACAACAAGCAAACAACACUUACUCCGAAAACCACAGCAUACUUUUUAAUUAACAAACUCUCCAUUCGUGGCUGAUGGCAAAUGAGUCUGCCCUGUAAGUCAGGGAGGGGAUGUGACUGACGCACCGAGCCCCAGCCGGCCUGCCCAUUAAAAAAGGGUGGGAGGGGGAAAACUAUAAAGACUUUGUGCUUUUCUGGAUACUCUUGCAAGAUCCUGGUAGGAGAAGCACAAAUUUGUUUUAUAAGCUAAUCAGAACCCUGCUGUUCAAUAAUGAGUGAGUAAUUGACAUAUCGCGGCACCGCCAUGCAACACAAUGGCUGGGGAUGCUGACAUGCUUGCGGCUCACCCGAAUUUCAACGCAAGCACCCUUGCCCUCAGAAUACCUUCCUCUUAAAAAACGCUCCGCCGAUAGCAACCCUGGAUCUUUCCAUUUUCCUUAACAGCCCCUUUUAAAACAAAGGCUACCGCAGUUUUAAGACCCUGGCUCCUGGGGUGGCCAGAAAACAAACAAGCGCGGCGCUCCCGCCGCCUCUCUCCCUGCUGGCUCCAUUCUUGGCAGCCAGCGGGGGACUGGAGAUUGUGACGCCUCCUGCUUUGCUGCAGCGCUGGGAGCGGGGCUCCUGUCACUUCCAAUCCCUGUCUCUCCUUCUGACAGGAUUCCCAGUGGCCGGCUGCUUUGUUUAGCAAGGGUGGGUUUUUUGUUGUUGUUGUUUUGUUUAUUUUAAAAUAAAUAAAUGCAUAUAUU